GAAUAACGGAUCUUAUGAUCGAACCUGUGUUAAACGUGAUUUCGUUCUUUUUUGCAUAGUUUGAAUUUUCGACCGACCAAAAGUGUUCGUUUUAAUUUUUAAUCAAAAAACCAUUUAUUAACGUGAGUAUGGACCCUCUGAAUGAGAAGGAGAUCGAACUUACGAGCUUACGCAGCCAAAGCGCAAUGCAAAUGGCCGAAGUUGAGCAAGAAAAUGGCGCUGGCGCCCUGAAAAUUGCCACAAAUGCGGAUGCAAGCGAUCAUCUCGCCGUGGAUCACCAGGACGAGGCGCUGACCCCCAGUGUGAAGUCCAAAUUCGAAUACCCGCCCCCGCCGCCGCCACCCACUCCCGUCCAGGCUCCGCCGCCCGCCAAGGCCAUCUCUGUGAGGGAUCACCAGGAGCACGACGACGACGAGGCCAACUCCGAGAAGUGGGAGGACCCCUGCGCCCCGCCCCCACCGCCUCCGCUGCCGGCCAGCGCAUUCCUGGCCACCGGACUGGGCUACCUCAAGCUGCCCGCCUUCAAGCUGAAGGACGCGCUGGAGAAGGCCAUCACCAAGCUGGAGGCCAACAAGCGGAUGCAAAAGACCAGUCCCGAAUCUUCUCGUUCCAUGAAAAACAAGAAGGUGGAGACGAUUGAGAUGUUACCCAGGUUUUCGGGUCAUGAGACAAUAUGCGAUGGCCCGCUGAUGGCAUUCUCAUCCUCCAAGGCUCUGGUGUUGCACCCCAAGACCAAAAAGCCCGCUGUGAUUAUGCAAUUGGAGAGGCAUUUUAAAGUCGUCCAGCUGCUGGCCAAGCAGAAUCGAGUCUUCGCACCCAUUUCCCGUGAAGCCAUUCCGAUGCAUGGAUCCUCAAAGCAGCCGCACGAGGACGAGGGUCUGACUCUGCAAGUGCUCUCGGCCCGGGCAUCCACACCGUACACCCAGCCCACCAGCAUGUUGUCCUGCACGGCCGUGAGCUGUGACCUCGACCACGACUCGCCGAGGAAACAACAGGCCGGCAAGGACAUGAUGCCAGAUCAGCAGCAGCAAAAGGGUCAGCAGAAGCGUGCUCCCAGCACUGGAACCCACAAGCCAGGAAGUCUGCGGGCGCCAAAGGCUGUGCGCCCUCCUGCCGCUCCAAUGGCCAGUAGCAAGCCGGUGAAGAUGUACACCCGCUCCCAUUUGCUGGACAUUCGCAACGGGAUGUUCAGUGCCCUGAUGCACAGGUCUAAGGAGAGCUUCGUCAUGCCACGCAUCGCCACCUGCGAUGACAUCGAGCUGGAGGCCCGUCUGCGGCGCAUGAAUCUCUGGCGCACCUCGGACGGCACAAGGUUCCGAGCUCGCUCCAGCACCAACAACUCGAGCACGAACAACAACGAGUGCAUGCCUGCCUUCUUCAAGAACAAGAACAAGCCGCAGUUGAUCAGCGACGAGUCCAUCAUCCAGAGCCAACCCCCGCAGCCGCAAACAGAGUUCCAGGAUCCGGCAAUUGUUAACCAAAGGCGCAUUGGAAGCGGUCGUUUCAAUCACUCCAAGUGGGGAUACAACGACGGUGACUACCAUUCGUACCACAAUGGCAAACCGCAUAUGGAAGAGCUAAAUCCCAAGCACCAGAACAGCAGCAACAUGUCGGUACUGCAGUUCUUCGACAAUGGGGAGAUAAGCAGCCUGCCCCGAGGACGACCGAACACUCCUGUUAUGGGGAUGUCCAAUAACCGCUCCGAGAACGAGACGUUGCAGUCGAACGAGUCCAGUGAAGAUCUGAGCCGCGCCAACGAAAACUACGUAAAGCGCGUAAUGUCCGGAUUCCUGGUUGUGUCGAAACCAAAGUCUCGGGAGUCGGAGGAUAGGCAUCAUCGGCGCUACAGGAACCAGAACGAGGAGCCAGAGUGGUUCAGCUGUGGACCCACCUCUAGAUUGGACACCAUCGAGCUGUGCGGAUUCGAUGAGGAAGAGGAGAAAAUGCUUAAGGAGGGCCACAAUCACCAUGGAGUUGGAGAAUCAGAGAGGGAGGCGCCCAAACAUAAAGUGGACCAAAACAAGUACAAAUGGACGCACCCAGAGCCCGUGGGCCGCAAUAAAUUCAUGCCAAAGCACGAUACAAACAAUAACCAUAAUGUGGAGAACAUGAACAAGGUGUUGGCCAACGAUCAUCAGCUGCCAAAGGAUGACAAACGCUCGGGCAGUGUUCGUUCGUUUCAGUUUGAAAAGUUCAAUCAAAGCCAGCCGAAUUAUGAGAGUAGCAAUUAUGCAAAUCAACAGCACCAGCAACCACAGCAGCCUCAGCAAAUUCAGCAGCAAACAAAUGCAAACGAGAGCAAUUCUAAAUUUAUGCCGUUCUUCGCUCGUGAUAGGAACUCCUCGUCGUCUUCGCUGAACGAGUUUUUCAAGCAGGCCAUGAACCAGGGUCAUGGCAGCAAUCCGGAGCAGCCCAAACCAGCGGGUCACAUGAACCAGAUGCCGUCGGUGGAUCAGCUGGAGGCCAAGUGGCGUCGCAACUCACUGACCAACGCUGGCGAGACUGCCAACAAGCAGUCGGAGACCUUCCAAAAGCUUAUUGGCUCUCUGUCUGCGGCUAAGCCACAACCACAGGCGGCGGGCUACGAUGCCAUUUCUAACUUCAUUAUGCAGCAACAGCAGUACCAGCAGCAGCAGCAGAAGCAGCACGUCAUCAUCCAGCAGCAACAACAGCAGACUGCCUUUUUGGCGGGCCUGCAGCUGAAGGCAAUUCUCGGACGGGCCGACACCCAGUUGCUCCUGCUCCGCCUGACUAAAGGGGAAAUAUCCAAGCAUGGGCUACUGGUGCAGUUGGCCAACCCACGCUUGUCGGACAUGGAUCGCGAAGCCAUCACGGCUGUACUGCAGUUCACCAAUACCCAGCAGCAGCAACAGCAGCACAAGCAGCAGCUGGACAUGCUCUCGAGCACGGUCAUUGCCAGUCAGCUGCAGAAUCUUCACAACCUGGCCAUUGUCCAGCAGACACUGGCCGCCAGACAGCAGCCGCAGCAAAAUCCACAGCCGCAGGUGCCGCAGCAACUGUCGCAGGAGGACUUGCAAGCCCAUGCCAAUGUUAUAAUGCGAAAUGCUGUGAUGAAGCGCAAACUGGAGGAGCAGACCAACAAGUUAAUGAAUGGUGCGGCCAAGCAUCAGACGCAGCAAGCACAACUAAACCGUGGCCAGCAACGCCAUGGGCGACCGGAUGCCGCCUCAAAUGCUCUGCUCCAUGCCUUGAUCUCGGGCGGUGGCAAUAACCAAGCUUCUGGUCAUCUGAUGAAUGGACAGCAACAACAGCAGCAGCAGCAAUCUCAUUCUAACAACCGACGUCCUGGUGCAGAUGCCAGCAUGCGAUUCGCUGAGAACCAAAAUUUGCAAGCUUUCGAGCCCAGCCAGCCACACUUUCCUACGCAAUACAAGCCGCAAUAUCAACAGUCCCAGCAACCACAGCCCCAGCAGCCCCUUCAAACCCAAAUGCGCCAUCAGAACAGCUCCGGCGGAGGCAACAACUUCAGCAAGCCUCAAAUGCAGGCCCAAUCAGCCAUAGCCAUGUUGCCCAAUGGCGGAGAUGAGUUUCAUUAACAAUCUCAAGAGAUUCGCCACCACGACUGUCGGUCUAAUGGCCAUUGGCAUCGGAUCCACGGUCCUCAUCUACACCACCCAUCGUUUAGUCAUCAAGCCCCAUCUUCUCCAGAAACGCCGCCU